AUGACUAACCUCUCAGACAAUGACUUACGAGUGUUUCACCACAUCGAUAGGGAGCUUUAUGGCCGCUUGGUCAUCGAUAUAGGCUUCGAGAAACCAGAAUCAAAAGAAAUAAUGGCCUUUUGGCUUUGGUUGGAAACAGUAGGUCACCCCAAUGUCAUUGAUAGGAUCACCGCUGUGUCAAACAACGCAGUUCGCAUGAUCGCUGAAGAGGCACAAGCCUGCCUCGCCUAUUUCCGGUCGGGCAUGGAUCCAAACGUGCUGCGUGACAGUCUCCGAAAAAAUAUUCGACGACAGUUGCUUCUUCCGGUGAAUGAAGAGGCAAUUUUCGACCUCAAUGCGUCGCUUCCGGCCAGGUUUCAUGAUACAUCUUCAGAUCAUGGUGUUAGAGGGAGUAUGAACCCUAAUGCUUGUGCUUUCAACCUCAAUACUGGAGGCAUAAUAAACCCUAGUGCUAGAACUUUGUCAUACCCCAAUACCAGAUCUUCUCCAAACCCUAGAACCAAUACUUUUGUUGUGAAGGAUAUGGCUACUCCUUUUCUCAUGAACUACAAAGUCAGGGUCCCUAAUGCAAGUGGGAUCGGAUUGAAUCCUAGUCUUGGGAGUAGUAGUGAAAUGGUUGCCACUGAGGGGCCUACUGUUAAUAUUGUGAACCAAGCAAUAGGGCAGGCAGUUGAAGGCAGAACCCUGUUUCUCACUUUUUCAAGGGGCCAUCCCGUCAGAGAUCAAGAAGUAAUCGACUUUUUUAAUAAGGAAUAUGGUAAUGUUGUUGGGUCACUGUUCAUGAAAAACAAAAGUGGAAGGACAAAGCCACUAUUCGCGCGUCUUGUCCUAAAGUCAAGAGAGAUGGUUGAUCGUGUUCUUGGAGGCCAGCAAAUGAUCAGGCACAAAAUAAGAGGGAGAGAUCUGUGGGCUAGGUCCUUCACCAUGGAAAAGCCCACGAGGCCCAUGGAUUCCAAGAAAAGCCAAAAGUAG